AUGGAAAAUCAAACCACAGUGACUGAAUUUAUUCUCCUGGGACUUUCCAGUGACCAACAGAUGCAGAUUUUCCUCUUCCUGGUGUUUUUAGUUAUUUACCUGGUUACUUUGGUUGGGAACAUACUGAUCAUGGUGGUUAUAAGAGCUGAUUCUCACCUUCAUACCCCCAUGUACUUCUUCCUCUUCCAUUUAUCCUUUACUGAUAUCUGCUAUUCCUCAGUCACAGUGCCUAAAAUGCUGAUGAACUUCCUAGCAGAGCACAAAACUAUUUCUGUCAGUGGCUGCAUUGCCCAGAUGUUCUUCAUCAUCCUCUCAGGUUCUGCAGAACUUUUCAUUCUCUCAGCUAUGGCAUAUGACCGCUAUGCUGCCAUCUGUGACCCAUUGCAUUACAUGGAGAUAAUGAGGAAAGGGAUCUGUGUUCAGCUGGUGAGUGGUGCAUGGACCAUCGGAUUCUUCUAUGCCCUGCUUAACACCAUUUUUGCCCUCAGGUUGCAUUUCUGUGGGCCCAAUCAAAUCCGCCAUUUCAACUGUGAGCUCCCUCGUCUAUUACAACUGUCCUGCACUGAGACCCUCACCAAUCAAGUGGUGCUUCUCACUUCCGCUGUGAUAUUUGGAUCAAGCUCCUUCCUCUUCACCCUGAUCUCCUACGUUCAUGUUAUUGCCACCAUCCUGAGAAUACCCUCUGCAGAGGGCAGGCGAAAAACCUUCUCCACUUGCAGCUCCCACCUGAUUGUGGUUGGCUUAUUGUACGUGACAGGUUUUUUCCAGUACACAAAACCCAGCUCAGUCUCCUCUGUGCUUCUGGAUGAAAUGGUCUCCGUCCAGUACAGCAUCUUGACCCCUAUGUUAAACCCCAUCAUCUACAGCCUGAAAAACAAGGAGGUGAAAACAGCUUUAGGGAAAAUAUUGGGGAAAUUCUGGUUUCCCAAGUAG